AUGAAGGGCUCAUCCAAAGUGAUUAUGGGUGCAACCUUGGUAAUGGUGGUGACCCUUGCAGUGGUCCUAGUCCUUAUAUUUGUGCUGCUAGCUGAGCUCUACUGUUCCCUCUUACUCCGGCGUCGCCACCUCAGAAACAGAAACUCCAACAACAGUACUAUUCCCACCGCCAGAGCCAAUGCUUCACCUUCUCACACAGACACAGCCUCACUCCCCCAACAACAACAGUCUCCACCAUUCCGCAGCAUUUAUGCACAAGGAGUCCUCCAAGCUCCAAGAAGCAUCCUUCUCCCUGCAGUUUCUUGCAAAGAAGACAAAGCUGGGCCAAGGAAGCAGAAGCACUAUUCUCAACUUCUUCAAAUCCAAAUCCAACCCCAAGAGUCAAAUUCAAGCCCUUCCCCACCACCAUCCCUCAUAUCCAUAGCACCCUCAAGAUCAAAUCUUUGUCAUGAUGAUGAUAAACAACCUUGCAAUGACGGGGAAAAACACCUUGUGUACAUUUCCAACCCCAUUUAUGAGAGCCAAGGGAGUGGAGCAGACACCCCAUUUGAGACACCGGACACUUCACCUUCGCGCUUGGAAAGAAGUGGUUCUUUUGAGGAAGAUGAUGCAGCAGCUGAGGCUUGUGUUACUCACUCACCAUGUACCCCACCUUUGACGCCAAUGAAGAAGCUCCCUGCAGAGGCUUCCUCCGUUUCCCUAAGAGACGCAAGGUCCUUGGCCACUUCAUGCAGUGAUUCACGUAGCAACAAUGGUCUCUCUUCAUCCUCCGCUUCCCCUUGUACCUCUCCUUCAUGGUAA